AUGCCUCGAGGUGGCUACGACUGCACCGGCGCCGCGCCCGGCUCCUUUGCCUCUCGCCAGGGCCGCCAGAUGUACCCCUGCGGCGGCGGAACCACGCCGCGCGCCUCCCAGUCCGCCGUGUUCCCCGGCGUGCAGUACCACCAGCCGGCGGCGCCGGCGCCUGGCGGCCAAGCCUCGCAAGUAUACGCCGCGGCGGGCCCGCACGCCACGAUGAGCUACGGCUAUCCUGGACCCGCACCACAAGCUGGCUUCGUGUCCCAGCAACAGCAGGGCGGCUACAUGACUGGUGGCUUCGGCCCGGCCCAGCAGCAGCCACAGAUGCAGCAGCAGACUUUUAUGCAGCAUGGCUACGCUCCUGGCUCGACUAUGCAGGUGCCUGGAGGUGGCGGUGUCGCGAGCCAAGGCAUGGUGUACGCCGGAGGCUACCCGCAGCAGCAGCAGCAUCAUGCUUCCGUGUAUGGUGCCGGUUUCGCUCCUGUCGGCCAGGCUCCGUACUACCGCCAGCAAUGA